AGUUUUUCUGCAAACUAAAUAUUAUUUAUUAAGUUGUGAGUUGUAUGGUAUUGGUCAGUAGGGAUAAGCUUGUCAAUUCAAUUCCAACUCAUAUGUUUCUACUUACCUUUGGCAAACGUGUAUUUAAAGGUUUAAUGUUGCUUUCACAUGUUCAUAUAAAUAACAUAACCGAAUGCCCGGUGAAGUUUGGUACUCCUGAAUUUGUAUGCCUCUUUUAUGUAGUUAUAUAAGUUCGUUGUUGUAGCUAUUUACAACCAAGUUGGUGCACUCUUCUUGUUAUAUAUACAAAUGCAACUUUUGGUCCAAUAGCUUCCCUGGAAUGAAUGAAUAUAUAUUGUUAAUUUGUAGAGAAAACUGGAUGUGAAUUUUGUGGUAAUUCAAUUUAAUGGGCUGCUUUUGUUCAACUUCAAAGAAUGUUAAAACACCUGGCUAUGAGGAUCCCACAAUUCUUGCUUCUGAAACACCUUGUGAGUAUCCAUCCAUCUUCAUCAUUAACCGUUACUGUGAGUGAAGUAGAGGCGUUAUAUGAACUCUUUUUGAAGUUAAGCAAUUCAAUUAUUGAAGAUGGUCUUAUUCAUAAGGAAGAAUUCCAGCUAGCACUCUUCAGGAAUGAGAAUGAGAAAAAUCUAUUUGCAGACAGGAUUUUUGACUUAUUUGAUGUCAAGCGCAACGGCGUUAUUGAGUUUGGUGAAUUUGUUCGAUCUCUUGGUGUUUUUCAUCCAAAUGCGGCUUUAGAAGACAAAAUUGCAUUUGCUUUUAGGUUGUAUGAUCUGAGGCAAACAGGGUACAUUGAAAGAGAAGAGUUAAAGGAAAUGGUGUUGGCACUUCUACAUGAAUCAGAUCUUGUGCUUUCAGACGACAUGAUAGAGGCUAUUGUGGAUAAGACAUUUAAAGAUGCUGAUACAAAAGAUGAUGGAAGGAUUGAUCAAGACGAGUGGAAAGCUUUUGUCUCUCAACAUCCAUCUUUGAUAAAGAACAUGACCCUUCCAUAUCUAAAGGAUAUUACCUUAGCAUUUCCCAGUUUUAUUGCAAGAACAGAAGUUGAAGACUCAGAGAGGGGACUAACUGGGGAGGAGCAAAUAGUGACUACAGUUUAAUCACUUGAACAACUCUAGUACAAGUUUAGCUUUUAUACAUCUAUGUAUUUAUGUAUAUAUACAGGAGAGACGUUAUCAAAGAGAAGUAGACCAUGUAGUGUAAAACUUGGCCAUGGUUCAACUUAAGAGGUUAGAGAUAAGAGAUUAAUUGUGCUAGAAAGAUAUUGACCUAGUUCCAAUAACAAUAAAUAGGACUAUUAUUGUCUAUUGCUUGGAUAUUCGAAUUUGUAGCACCAAAAUUUUGUAAAAGUUACACUUUAAAGCUUCAAUAAAAUUACGUGUCACAAUGGUUUUAUCAAAGUUAUUGUGAUUACAUACA